AUGAAACUGAAUCGUUUAAUCUAUUUUUUCGCCUCAGUUUUCUUUCUAUCGACGGCAUCUACGGCUAAUGCAACUUCCGUGCAGGCUAACAUAAGCAUGAAGUUAAUAAGUUAUCAUAAUCCUCAAGAGAUAUUAUAUAAUGGCCAAAAGUGCGAUACUUUCUCAUCUUGUGACUAUAUAUUUAAUUUUUGCGGCCGGAAAACUAACUCUGGACCAUCAUGCGUUUAUGGGGAUGUUACGACUAAAUCGUUUGAUAAUGUUGGCGAGACGAAAACUUUUCAAGUGGGUGAGCAAUUGACCAAUGGGGCAAUUACCAUCACUAACCCAUAUAGCGCUCCAAUUGUCGGACUAUGGCCUGGCCAAUUCCAGCUCUUUAUUAACGUUACCGAUGAAGACUCAUUCUUAGAAGUAGGCAAUAAUAGAGUCGAUGAUUUAACAAAAGAUAUUACCAUAUCGGCUGGUAUUAAGCAAACGAUUACCAUGACUGGAAGUCGCCCCACUAAUCCAUCUAGUUUUACAUUCGAGAUGGAAGUUAAAUGUAUAAAUAGUUGGAUGGGAAGCCUUUGCGAUAUAGAUCUAAUUAGCUGUCGCAGUUCACCAUGUCAAGGUAGAGGAAACUGCAUAAACACUGCACCUAACGCUUAUAAAUGUCAUUGCCUUACUGGAUAUACCGGUGUCAAUUGUGAAACAAAUAUUGACGAAUGUGCAUCUGGACCUUGCAAACAUAUUUAUUCCACCUGCAUUGAUUUGGUGAACGGUUAUCGAUGUGUCUGUCCAUCUGAUUGGACAGGAAAAAAUUGUGAUAUAGAUAACAAUAUAUGCCGUAUCAAUAACCCAUGUCUGAACGGUGCAACAUGCAAAUUUACCAAUGUUAAUCAAUAUUCAUGUACCUGUCUUCCCGGAUUUACAGGAAAAACUUGCGAUACUUACAAUGGUUGUCUCUCGGAUCCAUGCCUUCAUAGAGGCAAUUGUUCAACUGGAAGUAAUAGUUAUACCUGCCAUUGCCCUCAAGAUUGGUCUGGGACUCACUGUGAACAGGAUCUUAGCCUAUGUAGAACAAAUUCUCCAUGCCAAAACGGUGGAACUUGCCAAUUUGUUAAUGCAACCAGCUAUCAAUGUGUUUGCCCACAAUAUUAUACUGGGAGUACCUGUCAAUCUCAUAUUCCUUGCCAAUCCAAUCCCUGUAUUGGUACUGGUUCAACUUGUGUGGAUACUCCAAGUGGCUAUGUGUGCCAUUGUCCAGUUGAUAUGACAGGAACCAAUUGUGAUAUAGAUACCAACGUAUGCAGAUCAAACAAUCCUUGCCAGCACGGCUCAACAUGCGAAAAUACAGGCCCUUCUACUUAUCGAUGCGUAUGUCCAUCUCUAUAUUCAGGCCAAAAUUGUGAAAAUUAUACACCGUGCAUGUCAAAUCCUUGCCAACAUGUCUACGCUACAUGCGUAAAUAACCCACACAAUUAUACUUGCCAAUGCCCUGGCGAUUGGAUAGGUUAUAAUUGCGAGAUAGAUGCAAAUAUAUGUCGAAUGAAUAACCCUUGUGUAAAUGGCGGGAUCUGCACAUCGCAUAAAGCAGGAAAAUACCAAUGCGAAUGCCCGGAUAACUAUAACGGCACUAAUUGUGAAAAUUACAACGACUGCUUAUCGAGACCUUGCAAUCAUAUUUACGCAACAUGUGUGGAUUUGCCGGGUACCAAUUAUUCUUGCAUUUGUCCUUCUGACUGGACAGGAAGAAAUUGCGAUAAAGAUUUAAAUAGCUGCAGAUCCAAUCCAUGUCAAUUUGGAGGUACUUGCACCAGUAUUGGUCCUGAUGUCUAUGCAUGUAGUUGUCCUGUUGGAUAUACUGGCAAAAAUUGUCAAACAGAUAUCAAUCACUGCCUUGGACAUGCUUGUUUAAACGGUGCAACCUGUAUCGAUGGUGUAACUUCAUAUACUUGCUCGUGCAAUUCUAACUGGACAGGUUCUGUCUGUGAUCAAGCCAAUGGCUACUGUGUUAAUGCUAAUGAAUGUAUCUGUAGAGAUCAUUACAGUGGUCCAAAUUGUCAAUAUGAUAAUAAUAAAUGCAGACUGGGACCUUGUCAAAAUGGAGGAAACUGUACUAAUGUCUUACCUGAUAGCUAUUCUUGUGGUUGUUUGCCAGGUUUUACUGGUAGCAAUUGCAAUACAACACUUUCAUUAAGUCAUACUUUAGCAUAUAUAUUUGAUAAAUAUCCAUGUCUGUCUGGACUAUUAUGUCAUCGUGCAUUAGCACGUCCAGUAAGUCGUUUAAAGGGUAAUAUUUGUAUGUUUCUCCGUAGAUCUAAAUUUUUUACCUUUGAUAUAACAGAUAUCAAUGAAUGCUCCUCAAACCCUUGCGAUAAUAAUGCUACUUGUAGCGAUCGAGUAAAUGGCUUCCUAUGCUUAUGCAAUGUAGGCUUUAAUGGCACUAACUGCGAAAAUGAUAAUAAUGCCUGUAGAAUUUCUCCAUGUCAGAAUGAAGGAAAUUGUUCUGACAUUGUACCCAAUAAAUAUAAGUGUGACUGUCCUAAUGGUUUCAAUGGAACUAACUGCGAAAAUAAUAUCAACGAAUGUCAUACCAAACCCUGCCUAAAUUCAGGAACCUGCAUCGAUGACAUUAAUAAAUUUACGUGCCACUGCACAACUAAUUGGACGGGCACCCUUUGCGAAAAUGAUCUAAAUUCAUGUCGUAAUAAUCCAUGCGUAAAUGGUGCUACUUGUCAAAAUACCGGACUGAAUACGUAUAACUGCAGUUGUGCACCUGGUUUCACCGGCUCGCAAUGCGGAACGGGCAUUAAUGAAUGUUCAUCUAAUCCGUGUGUAAGUGGGCAUGGUACUUGUGACGAUGCCGUUAAUCGCUAUACCUGCUUGUGUUCAGCUGAAUGGACAGGAGUCCAUUGCGAAAAUGGAUUUAUUGCGGAACUGUUCCCUAGUAGGGAUAAAAACAGUGCUUUAUUACAAACUCAUACUUGGGGCGACUAUAACAUGAUUAAGCUUUCUAAUUCUGUCCUAACAGAUCUAAACAGCUGUCGAAGUAAUCCAUGUCAAAACAGUGCUACCUGCACCAACACAGGCCCUAACAGCUAUAACUGUACCUGCCAUGCCGGCUUUACUGGAAAAAACUGCGAAACAAAUAUUAACGAAUGCUUGUCGCAGCCUUGCCGAAAUAGCGGCACGUGUAUCGAUAGAGUUAAUCGUUUCAGUUGUCAGUGUUCUAGAAGGUGGACUGGAACUACUUGUACUGGAGACUUGCAAUAUUGUAACAAUAUACCAUGCGAUAAUGAAGGAUUAUGCAGCAAUACUGGCAUUAAUACUUAUUGGUGUCAUUGUAGCCCUGGUUAUACUGGCCAAAAUUGUCAAACAGAUAUCAACGAAUGUGUCUCCAAUCCAUGCCAGAAUAAGGGCAAUUGUACCGAUUUCGUUAAUAAAUUUAAUUGUACAUGCGAUGCUGGAUUUACAGGAAAGUUUUGCCAGGUUAACAUCGAUGAAUGCCUAUCAUCGCCGUGUAUAAAUGGCGGACUAUGUAUGGAUGGAAUCGAUCAAUAUAACUGUCAGUGUCCAGCAGGUUUUACUGGUAUCCACUGUGAAAUUAAUAUCAACGAAUGUGCAAGUAAUCCAUGCAUCAACAGCUACAGAUGCCGUGAUUCCAUAGAUGGCUACUUUUGUGACUGUAACAUUGGUUUUACUGGCUCAAACUGUGAAACAAAUAUUAAUGAAUGUGCCAGCCAGCCUUGCUUGAAUAAUGCAAUGUGCAAUGAUUCCAUUAAUAAUUAUUCAUGUAUUUGCAAUUCUGGCUUUACGGGAAUAUAUUGUGAAACCAAUAUUAACGAAUGCCUAUCGAUGCCAUGCCGUAAUAACGGCACCUGUAUCGAUCUGAUUAAUGCUUAUGUGUGUCAAUGUUUUAACACAGGCUUUACUGGACUUAACUGUGAAAGCAAUAUCGAUAACUGCCAAUCAGCUAUCUGCUACCAUAAUGGAACAUGUAUCGAUGAGAUAAGAGAUUAUCAUUGCAAUUGUACAAGUGGCUGGGAAGGCAAGCAAUGCCUGCAAGAAACCAAUGAAUGUUUAUCCAACCCCUGCUUCCAUGAUAGUACCUGCAUCGAUAUGUUUGACAUGUACCGGUGCAAUUGUACUAACGGAUAUAACGGCACAAACUGCGAAAGUGAAAUUAACGAAUGUGCUUCUUCGCCGUGUCUUCAUGGCGGUUUCUGCGAAAAUGCAAUUGGUAGCUUUAUUUGCCACUGCGGUUUUGAUGGCUUUACUGGUGACCGAUGUGAAAUCAAUAUUGAUGAUUGCAUCAAUAGUCCAUGCAAUAAUAAUGGGACAUGCAUCGAUUUAGUGAACGAUUUUAGGUGUAAUUGUGCUAAUGGCUACUCUGGAAAACGCUGUGAUAUUAAUAUCGACGAAUGUCAAUCUCAACCUUGUAUGCAUAAUGGAACAUGCAUUGAUCAAAUUCAUAGUUAUCGAUGUAAUUGCCUUGGUGGAUAUACUGGCAAUGCUUGUGCUAUCAACAUUAACGAAUGUUCAUCCAGUCCGUGUCAAAAUAAUGCUAGCUGUGUGGAUAUUAUCGAUGAAUAUAUCUGUGAUUGUGCAAACGGCUUUACGGGUACUGUAUGUGAGACUAAUAUCAACGAAUGUCGAUCGCAACCUUGCAGUAAUGGGGCAACUUGCAUUGACAUGAUUGAUGGUUAUAAAUGCAACUGCAAGAAUGGAUUUACUGGUAUUACUUGCGGUAUUAACAUUAAAGAAUGUUUAUCGCAACCUUGCCAAAAUAAUGGCACCUGCAUUGAUAUGGUCAACAGAUAUAUUUGCAAUUGUAACCCUGGUUAUACUGGAAUUCAUUGCCAAACAGAUAUCAAUGAAUGCCAAUCACAACCAUGUCAAAAUAAUGGUACUUGCUUCGAUUUAAUCAAUUACUUUAGUUGUAACUGUAUUGCUGGAUAUACUGGACCUACCUGUCAAAUUAACAUUAAUGAAUGCCAAUCGCAUCCAUGUCAGAACAAUGCUACCUGCCAAGAUAUGGUCAAUGGUUAUAAUUGCCAUUGCGCCGACGGAUAUACUGGAAAUACUUGCGAUAUCGAUAUUAACGAAUGUCAAUCUCAACCGUGUAUUCAUAAUGGAACUUGUAUCGAUUUAAUAGACGAAUUUAAUUGCAUUUGCGCUGAUGGCUAUACCGGAGUAAUGUGCCAAACAGACAUUAACGAAUGUCAAUCUGUGCCUUGCUUGAAUAAUGGAACUUGUCUGGAUUUGAUUGGUAGCUAUCAAUGCCAAUGUCAACCUGGUUACACUGGAUUACAGUGCCAAGUCGAUAUCAACGAAUGCGCUAGCAAUCCUUGCGUGAAUAGUGGAACUUGUUUGGAUCAAAUCAAUCAAUAUCAGUGCAGAUGUAAUCCGGGCUAUACUGGAACCCAAUGUCAAACUGAAAUUAAUGAAUGUCAAUCAACUCCAUGCCUUAACGGGGCAAUUUGUAAUGAUUACGUUAAUUACUAUAAUUGCACCUGUUUACCUGGUUUUACUGGUCAAUAUUGUGAAAUUGAAAUCAACGAAUGUAAUUCUUCACCUUGUCGUCACGGUGGAACAUGCAACGAUUUCAUCAAUGCUUACAACUGUACAUGCAUCCCUGGCUACACUGGAAUACAUUGCGAAAUCGACAUCGAUGAAUGUGCGAGUAAUCCAUGCGUUAACUCCAUUCUUUGCGCGAACCUUUUGGAUAAAUAUCAAUGCUAUUGCAAGCAGGGCUUUACCGGCGUUAAUUGUCAAACUAAUAUUAACGAAUGCGCUUCAAAUCCAUGUCAAAAUUCUGGUACUUGUACUGAUUACGUCAACUAUUAUCAAUGUACCUGCAUGCCAGGAUAUACUGGUAGUACUUGUGAAGUGAAUAUUAAUGAAUGUGCCAGUGCACCAUGUCGCUAUGGCGGUACAUGUCUAGAUCUAGUCAAUGGCUAUAACUGCACAUGUGAAGGUGGUUAUAGUGGAGCAGAUUGUCAGAUUAAUAUUAAUGAAUGCUCGAGUAUGCCUUGUUUAAAUGGUGCUACUUGUAUCGAUAAUUUAGAUGCAUUUGAUUGUACAUGUGCAGCUGGGUUUACUGGUGUAAUAUGUGAAACAAAUAUUAAUGAUUGCAACCCUAAUCCAUGUCGCAAUAAUGGAACCUGUACAGAUUUGAUUAAUGACUACCAUUGCAACUGUUUACCUGGCAUCCAAGGCAAAUCAUGCAUUGAUAGCUGUAAUGGUCAACCUUGCCAGCAUAAUGGGACUUGCCAAGAUCAACACGAUUCUUAUAAGUGCUAUUGUGCAAUAGGAUAUACAGGAAUCGAUUGUGAAAUUAAUAUUGAUGAAUGCAGCAGCAGUCCUUGUUUGCAUGGUGCGUGUUUUGAUGGUAUAGAUGGUUAUCGAUGCUUAUGCAUUGUUGGUUAUACUGGAACUAACUGCAUUACAGAAAUUGAUGAAUGUUCUGAUCAACCGUGUAUUAAUGGAACAUGUCGAGAUAGAAUUAACGAUUUUUAUUGCAACUGCACACCUGGCUUCGAUGGAAAAAGAUGUCAAAAUGACAUCAACGAAUGCCUAUCCAAUCCUUGUAGAAAUGAUGGCACUUGUAUUGAUAAUAUUAACAGCUACCAAUGUACAUGCUUUGGUUAUACUGGUGUCAAUUGUGAGACAGAAAUUGACGAAUGUGCUAGUUCACCAUGUACUUCUAAUGGCGUUUGUGUCAACAGGAUUGGUAGCUAUUCUUGCGCUUGUAAGCCAGGAUUUACUGGUAGUAAAUGUCAAACGAAUAUUAACGAAUGUGCAUCAUCGCCUUGCGUGCAUGGAUCUUGUGUCGAUUCCGUCUUUGGCUAUAAAUGCAAUUGUAAUGCAGGCUAUACUGGUGGUCAUUGCCAGAAUGAAAUCAAUGAGUGUGCUUUUGUGCAUUGUUUUAACGGUAACUGUAUCGAUUUAAUUGCAAAUUAUACUUGUAAUUGUACAGCUGGCUAUACUGGCCGAUAUUGCCAAUUCGAUAUUAACGAAUGCCAAAGUAAUCCAUGCCAAAAUGGAGCAACAUGCGCUGAUUUAAUCAAUCGUUAUCAGUGCUACUGCCAAUACGGUUUUACUGGCACUCAAUGUGAAACCAACAUCAACGAAUGUAGCAGUAAUCCAUGUCGUCAUAGAGGAACAUGCCAUGAUCAAAUCAAUGGCUAUUCUUGUUCUUGUCCAGUUGGUUAUACUGGAACAGUGUGCCAAACGGAUAUCAAUGAAUGCCAGCCUAAUCCAUGCCAUAACCAGGGACAGUGUACAGAUAAAAUAAAUGGAUACAAUUGCACUUGCCUACCUGGUUUCACCGGUGUAACAUGCGAGACCAAUAUUAACGAAUGUGCUAGCAAUCCAUGCGUUCAUGCAUUUAGCUGUGUUGAUCAAGUUAAUAACGUGCACUGUAAUUGCCAACCUGGUUACCAUGGCCACUUCUGCCAGAUUCAAACAAAUGAAUGUUUAUCAUCUCCAUGUGUUAAUGGCACUUGUAUCGACCAAAUUAACUCAUAUCAUUGCAAUUGCUCAACUGGUUUUACUGGCAGUAAUUGCGACACUGAUAUCAACUAUUGCACUAAUGUCAAUUGUAAUAAUCACGGUAACUGCAUCGAUUCACUAACUACCUAUCAUUGCCAAUGUAAUCCAGGCUAUACUGGCAAAGAUUGUCAAACAGAAAUUGACCACUGCUUAAGCAAUCCAUGUGAUUCUAAUGGCAAUUGUAUUAAUAAUCCAACUGGUUAUAAGUGUUAUUGUUAUACCGGCUUUACAGGAUUAGAUUGCACUUUAGUUACUUGUGUCAGUAAUGGAAUAGCCUAUCAAAAUGGUAGCAGCUGGCUUAGUGAUUGCAAUAAAUGUACCUGCGAAGGAGGACAAAAAAGUUGUACAAUGAUUUGGUGCGGCCCAACAGCUUGCAAUCCCUCACUACAAGGCCAAUGUGGACAAAAUGAUACCUGCCAAUCGUUAUCGCAAAAUGAAUGUGUUAAGCCACCUUGCUCAACUGCCAGUUUCUGCUCAAAAAGUGAAUUAGGAUUAGAUUGCCUUAACUAUGUUGGCCAUUCACCAAGCAACUGUUACCGACAGUCAUUUCUAAUCGGCCAUAAUAGCCUUACAAAUGGGACAACCAUCACUGAAUUAUGCAAUGAAUUACGAUCCGUGAAUGUAUUGAAAAGUUACUCAAAUAACGGCAGCCUCAUUUUGCAAUGUAAAAUCGAACAGAAAACAUCAGAGGGAAUUCGAAUUGCAUUAGCCACGAAAUCCGCUUCCGGAAGUCAAUACGCCCAGUCAGCAUUGACAGCAUUAUUGUUAAGCCUUCAGACAGGACAAGGGAAUAAUCCACCAGUUCAGCUAUUACCCAUCAAAGCGGAAGGUUUCAACGCUACUGUUAUCGGUAUCAUCAUCGCUAUUGCUAUUUUUCUGCUUGUAGCUGUCUUUUUGUAUCGACGACGUCGACGUAAACAAACUGCUCAAAAGAAUUCUGUAUCUUUCGAGCAACAGUUAUCGUCUAUCGCUCCAGCUACAAGUAUAACUAAUCCACUGUACAAAGAAGGAGAUCUGGAUUUUCCAGAUCUGCCUGCUCGGAAAGAAAGCCGUUUCGAUAGUCCUGACCUCGACGGUGACGAGCAAGUUCAAUUGCAUAGUACCAGAAGUAAAUUUAGCGUUGAUAGCUUUGCUAAGCGAAAUCAAAACUAUUCUAGUACCUAUUUUGAGAAUCCUGCCAUCAAUGAUAACGAAAGUGCUCACCAGCAAUACCCUGAAACUAGCGUACCUAAUAACGGUAUAGUAACCAAUACAAAUGGCAAGGACGGUAGCCUCUAUAAAUCAGUUAACGGCAAAGGUGAUAACGACAAGUGGAAACAGAAGGAGGAAGAGAUCGAGCAUAAUGAAGAGCAUGAGCGAUAUUUACAAUCAUGUUACAUCAAACGCAUCCAAGAAGAAGUCCUUCAGGGACAGCCAUGA